AUGGUCUACACCGAACGUACUGACAAGUGCCUGAGCAGCACCACCAAGGACAACCAUUCCUCGAAGGGUCAGAGCCAGUCCAAGUCGGCUAGUGGCUCUGGCUCGGGAUCAGGAUCAGUAUCAGGAUCAGGAUCUGGAUCGUGGAGCAGUCAGGCCUCGAGUGCUGAAAAGUGGAAGUACAACAACAUGGUGAAUAACGAUCGUCAGCAGUUCAAUGGCAUGCAUUUCUCCUAAAUCGAAGCAAUAAUUCCAAUGGAAAUGUUUCCCCAGAAAAAAAAAGGGGAACAACAUGAAAAGGGGGAACGGGGGAGCUGAUUGUUGAUGUUGUUGCUUCUAUUUGGCUUAGCAGGGUUCGUUUUAGAUUAGUUUUGUAAGCUCUUUAUGGACUUAAGUAUUGCUAUGUGAUACAGAAAAAGAAAAAAUUAAUAAUCCAAUUGGUUGAAAAUAUAUAUUCAAAAAAAAGAUGCGCAAAAAAAUCAUAAGAUAUUUUUAUUUUGCUGAAAUGGCAACUUGCUAUUAAAAAGUUGUUGAAAGAAAAAAGGUGUGUUUUGUAGGUAGUUUUAAAUAACUUUACAGUAAAUUCAAAAGUAUUUUAAGAGCGUAAUAAUAUUUAAUUUUUGUUUAGCCUAAGAAAGUCCUUCCAUUUUAGCUCCACCUCCAAUCACCUAUCAAUAUCCCUGUUCUUUGACCUUGCCACUUGACUUGACUUGACUGAUACCCAACGCAUAUUUUAUUGUCUGCAGCAUUUGCAUGAAUUGCGGCUAUUAGCGUGAUUAAGCCAACUUCUGGAUUGGGCUACGGACAAGCACAA